AUGGGAGGUGCAGGGAGUGGUGAGAUAUGGAAAGCACACACCGCCAUGGCGAUUGUGCAGUUAUUCACCGGAGGUUAUCAUGUUAUCACUAAAUUGGCUCUUAAUGUUGGAGUCAACCAAAUCGUUUUUUGUGUUUUUCGUGAUCUCCUUGCUCUCUCUAUUCUCGCCCCCAUCGCUUAUUUCCGUGAAAGACGUACACGGCCACCCCUAACAAAGCGCUUCGUGACAUCAUUCUUCUUUCUUGGAUUAACUGGGAUAUUUGGAAAUCAUCUUUUGUUUCUUAUUGGUUUAAGCUAUACUAAUCCAACUUAUGCUGCUGCAAUUCAGCCAGCUACUCCAGUCUUUACAUUUGUGUUGGCUAUAAUGAUGGGUACAGAAAGAGUAAACUUGCUAAGAUAUGAAGGUCUGGCCAAGGUUGGAGGAAUUUUUGUCUGUGUUUUGGGGGCCUUAGUGAUGGUUUUAUACCGUGGUCCAGCACUGGUUGGAUCUUCAGAAUUGGACCUCAUAUCACACAGUGAAAUAAGUGCCAGAGGUCAACCAGAGCCUUCUGGAUGGUUAGUUAGUGGUUUAAUGGAUCUUGGAUUUGACCAUUUUCAUCUUGGAGUGUUGUGCUUCAUAGGGAACUGCAUGUGCAUGGCUACUUUUCUAUCCAUUCAGGCUCCAUUAUUAAAAAAGUAUCCUGCAAACCUAUCUGUCACAGCAUAUUCGUACUUCUUUGGAGCUUUACUGAUGGUAACUACAUCAUACUUCGUAACCGAUGAGUCAACUGACUGGAGUUUGAAUCAGUCUGAAACAUUUGCCGUUUUAUAUGCUGGAAUUAUUGCAUCUGCACUUAAUUAUGGAAUCAUUACAUGGAGCAACAAAAUCUUGGGCCCGGCCAUGGUUGCCCUUUACAAUCCACUUCAACCUGGGGCAGCUGCUCUCUUAUCUAGAAUUUUUAUUGGAAGUCCAAUUUACAUGGGAAGCGUGUUAGGUGGGUCACUAAUCAUUACUGGUCUGUAUGCGGUUACUUGGGCAUCAUAUAGAGAAAGACAGGCAGCUGCUGGAGUUAUUCCUCAUCAUGCUUCUAAUUGGGUCUCUGAAUCACUUAAGACUCCUUUUCAUAGAGUUAACAUUUUCUCAGGCUCCUCUAGUUUAUUAUCCCCAAAGCCUUCGGAUUGA